AGAGCCGAAGAUGUCGGUUCGGUCAUGUGAUCAGCUGUGUCCAGUCACAGCUGAUCACAUGAGAGCCAGUAAUCGGCAUUCCGCAGAUGGGACAUGUACACUGAUCAUCAAGGCACUGAUGAUCAGUGUGCCCUGAUGAUCAGUGUAGCCCCAGCAGUGCCACCUGUCAGUGUCCAUCAGUGCCUUAUGUCAGUGCUCAUCAGUGCCUCGUGCCAGUGCCCAUCAGUGCCACAUAUCAGUGCCUACCAGUGCACAUCAAUGCCACAUAUCAGUGCCCAUCUGAGCUGCCUUUCAGUGUCACCCAUCAGUGCCAGUCAGUGCCACCUAUCAAUGCCAAACAGUGCCACCUAUCAGUGCCAGUCAGUGCUGCCUAUCAGUGCGCAUCAGUGCCGCCUAUUAGUGCCUGUCAGUGCCACCUAUCAGUGCCAGUCAGUGCCGCAUAUUAGUGCC